AUGAACCCGUAAUAGUAGUAAAUGAUGCAAUAACAAAUGAUGAAUCAAGGAAAUCUAGCUGUUGGGGGCCCUCAGAUGAAUCCUGGAAUGCAGAUAGGAAAUCCUGGCUAAUAGAAUUUCUAAACAUAACUUGCUGGACAAAAUAUGAUGGGAGGAAUGGCUGGACCAAUGGGUGGAGGUCCAUAAUAAUAAGUUGGACCGAAUUUUUAAACCUAAGGCCCUGGGAUGCAGGGAUAAUAGCCACCUCCACAAUAAGAAAACAAGAAGCCUCCUCUAAAAAUUCAAUUAUCAAACAAAGAAAAGGGAUAUUACUCUAAUUUGCUUAUGUAGGCCGAUCCAAAUGGAACUAAUAAAGUAGGAGGAUAAGAAGGAGUCGCGUUUUUCAAAAGGUCAGGAUUGCCAGUUGAUUUGCUCAAGAAUUUUUGGUUGAUCUCAGCAAGGACUAGUCCUGCAUUUUUGACUAGAGAUGAGUUUUACGUAGCACUUAGAUUGAUUGCUUAUGCUUAGCAUGGAAUUCAACCCAGCGAAGAAUCUUUGAAAUUUAAUAUUGAUGUUGAUUUGCCCAAAUUUGAGCCGGCUCCAUUAGCCCUACCCCCAAUUGAGUAGAGAGAAAAGCCUGAAAUUAGGGCUGAAGAUAUAGCAGCAAAUUUACCAGAUCUUGAUUCACUUGAUAUUGGUUCUCUAAAUAAUAUCUAAUCAUUGAUCCCUUCUGUAAAUCAAGCAUAACAGUAAAAAUAAGCUGAAUAAGCUUAGUAAUAAAUGAUGAAGUAACAAUAAAUGAUGUAGAAAUAGAUGUUUGAAAGAGCUAAGCAAUCACCUUGGUUUAUAUAGUAAGAAGAGCAAUAAAGAUAUGUUUAAAUCUUUAAUCAGUUUGAUAAAGAGCGACAAGGUAUUUUGGCAGGAGAAUUAGUCAAAGGACUGUUUUAAAAGACAGAGCUUGAUUAAUAAUCACAAGAUAUAGUCUGGAAUUUGGUAAAUCCACGUAAUAUAGAUAAAUUCGAUUAAAAAUUAUUCAUUCUUGCUAUCCAUUUCCUCUACAAGAAAAAGUAAGGAACUGAAUUACCGCCAAUGCUCCCUGAGGAAAGUCAAAUAUCAGUUGAUCCAGAAAAUUACUUCAAGCAAAUGUAAAUGAGAAUGCAAGGUUAGAUGAAUCCAAUGCAAAUGUAGUAAAGAUAAUAGCCACCACUUUAAUAGCAAUAAAUGCCACCUCAAAUGAUGUAAUAAAUGAAUUAAUAAUAAAUGCCACAACAGUAAUAGCCAUAAUAAUAGUAAAUCAAUUAGACCUAAAAUAACCCUAGCUAAAACCUUAUUAACUUAGGAGAUAGUAUGAUGUAGCAAAGCAAGCCAAUCAAUUUGCAGAAUCAACAAUAACCAUUAGGAUUAGAUUUGAACUUUCAACAGCAAAUUUAGCCAUAAAAUAAUGCUGGUGUAGGGUUAAAUGGUUCUGGAUAGGAAAGAAUGUCAAUGAAUCAAGCAUCGCCAGAUAAGUCACCUCUAAGGAUUAAUCCAAAUCAAAUUCAAAAUAUUCAGUAGGUUUAAUAGUAGUCAUUUGGUAUAAAUAUGCAUUCAAAAUCACAAUAGCCUUCUCCUAGAGCUAAUCUCCCCCCUCCUUUAAAACUAGAUCCAUCUAAAGUUCAAGUACGAAAAGAAGAAAUUAAUUUUAUGAAGACUAUUUACAGUCAAGAUCAAGCAUAGUAUCAUGAAAUUCAAAAUGAAAAUAUGAAAAUCAUCUAGCAACUUGAUGAAUUAGAUAGAGAGUAUCAGUCUAUUCAGAGAAACUUAGAGAUUCAAAGAUAAUUACUGAUGUAAGAGAGAAAUAGGAACACUGAACUAAAGGUCAAUCUUGAAUCUAAAUAGCAAGAAGUAAGCUAGGUAAGAAAACAAUAAGAUAAUGUAAUGCAAGAAAGAUUAGCAGGACUUGCUGCCACUACAACCAAUGUCAGCACUAAUUACAAUCAAGGCAGCAACACCUAUGCAACAAAUAACUAUGCUCCUGAUUCAUAUGCUAGAAAAGAUUCUUAUGGAACUAAUAACUAUGGGUAUAAUAAUAGUACGACUGUUGCAAAUGGAGUAGCUAAUGAUUAUCAUGGUGGUUCAAAUAACUAUGACUAUAAUGAAGAAUAUAAGCGUACUAAUAGUAACACCUAUGCUAAUAACAACAACUAUCAAUAUAAUGAUUACUCAGGUGGGUAAACUUAUGAUAACUCAAAUACCUAUUACGAUAAUAAUGCAGGAUAUGAUUAAAGCAGCUAUGGAGGAUAUAAUUAACCAGCUGCAACAAACGCAGUGACUACUUCAAACACUUUAGCAGCAAAUGGAGGAGGAUUCGGAAAUAGAUUCGAUUUCGACACAUUCGACGCAGAUUAAUCAGUAAACCACGGAAGUGCUAGCUAGGAUCAGUUCAAUGAUUUCGCAAAUAAAUUUGAUUUCUCAUGA